UCGCCCGGGCAUGGAGACGCCUGGGCGGGAUACACCUCCGGGGCGCAGCCUAGCCUGCAGGAUGAAGAUUAAUGGAUCCACCAUUAUUGGACAGGAGGAAGUUGAAGUGAAGAAGGCAAAGACAUUCAUUUGGAGCUGUGGAAAAGGGCUAUCAGAAAGUGUGGUGGCAAAUAUAAGUACUCCUGAGGACUCUGAUAAUUUCGAAGACUUCCAGUCAGAAAAUGAAGACUGGGAAUUAGUUGGUGAAGGUUCCAGUGUGCCUACCCAUACUGUUUUUCCUGAGAUGAAACCAGCCUCCCUGGAUGAAGAAGAGGACUGGGACAAGGAGCUGGCAGACUUUGAAAGCAACAAAAAGCCUUAUGAUUUAGACGAUAUUAUCCACCUUGGAAGUUUCUUGGAUGGCAAUCCAGAGGCAUCCUAUUCAGUUCAAGAAGAACCUCUGUAUGACCCAAGCUUAUACCACGUAGCACCGUUGACUUUGAUUCACUUAAAGGCUGUGACAGAGGAUGGCCAAUUUGAAGAUGCUGUUGACUGAGACAUUCCCAGCACUGGGACAAAAAUAUUAAGUUCUAAACCAGGUUUCUCUACUCUUUUUUGUGCUCUGAAGAGUCCAUAUUUGGAAAUGACUGGAUGUCUCAUAAGAAUCUAGAAUACUGGAAGAUUGGGGAUUGGAUGGAUGCAACUUUGUAUCACCUUUGAUUUAAAUGAUCUUGAAAUGGUUUAGGUUUAAUUUAUGAUGUGAUCAUUACUGUUAAAGUGCUGUUAACUCUUCUCUGUUAUCAUCUCAGUUUUAAUUUUGGAUUUGACUUGCAAGGCCUCACUGAAGUGAUAGUACACAUUUACUUCCAUCUCAUGAAACUCAGCAUCAUUAUUGCUACAGUUCUUUGUUUCUGUAUGUCUGUCUGAUGUUGGAGGCCAUCAGGAUGAGGGUGGGACAGAUAGUAUCAAGAUUAUUCCUGUGGAAUUCAGGCUAUUUGAUUUU